AAACGUUUGAUUUGCCUGAAUCAGAAGCGGUACCGCGUACUUGGUACAUGAAACCGGAACUUCACUACAGCGCCAUUGGAGUUCCGGCGGGCGCGCUGUCACCCCCGGCCACACUUUCACCGCCCAGCAGUCCGAGUGUCACGCUGCCGCCUUCGCCUUGGAGUCCCGGCGCGGCAGGAAGUAGCUUAAGCACCACCACAUCCUCCAAUCCUUCCUCGGUCUCCUCCGCGAGCCUCGGCCAACCGACUCAGGACCGUUUCAGCGCUUUCACCCUUGUCUCUACUUGCAAUCCCGACGCCAGACUUCAGAGUCUACCGUUGACUACUACCACAGCCGCGGCACGAGAAAUGCGUUGUGGUCUGAUGUAUGGGGGUUAUGGGCCGACAGGAGCUGCGUGGUGGGCUCGGCACGUGAGUCUCUUGCUUCCCCAUUCUCUGGUACCACCCUCGAGGAUUCCUAACCAGCAAACUACACCGGUUGCAAAUUGCUCACCUAUUCACCCGGAACCCCUGAACACGUCCAGAGCUGGCUCACCACCCCGGAGAUGCACCCCGGAGAAGACGAAGUUCGAUGAAGAAGCGCCGUUAAAUUUGAGUACGAAGCCGAAUGACAUUUCGUCCACCGUCGGUCGGAAGAGUGAGAUUUGGUCACCAGGAACGGUUUGCGAGAGAGAGGCAAAGGAAAUCAGGAUACCAUCGUCCGGGAGUCCAUCCUCGACUCCUGUGAUCACUCGGCAAAUCCAUCAUUCACCGCUGACACCGCCCUCCUCGUCGGAAAGGACUUUCCAGUGUAAACAAUGCGGGAAGGCUUUCAAACGUUCAAGUACUCUUAGCACCCAUCUUUUAAUACACUCCGACACUAGACCGUAUCCCUGUCAAUAUUGCGGCAAGAGGUUUCAUCAGAAAUCAGACAUGAAGAAGCACACUUACAUCCACACC